ACGUUGAGUCCAAGUUGGACUGGGACUCAGUCUGGCCCACACUCUUAGGUGAGUGUUGCUGAGCCUGUCACCUCCUUUUGCCACGAUCAGAACAUCGCACUGGUCGGUCCUGGAGGUCGUCGCUGCGGAUUCCGCGAACUGGGCGUGGUGCUGUGAUAACUUCAAGGCACAGAUUUGCCCAACGACCGCUUCAACAAACGAUGAGCGGCAACGUGUCGAUCGGAUCCUGCGGUGGCGGCACCACAAGGAGUGCAGGAACCCGUAGCGACAACGUGAACACGCCGGCUAUUCUACAGCUGCCGUUACACCCGACGGCGCCACUUAAAAAAGUAGCGACCAGCGCGACUACUGUACAUCGUGUCAUUGUGGUGUCGGCCCAGCAGCUUCCACACCGUGUCGAAGCUGCUGGCGGGAGUGGCGUAAAUGAAAUGCUUGAAGUACUUGGUGUCGACUCGACUCCAAGUACUUCAAGAUACUGUCGAGACGUUGGCAUCACUACUGUAAUAGUUCACUAACGACUCUCGUCGACAACACCCUCAGCUUCUUGAAUACGAAAUCUGCUUGCCACGCAAUUCCGACUGAGUUAAUCGACGAACAGCCAGCGUUUUAAAGCCUCCGUGACACGGUGGAUUUUGAGCUAUGUAUAUACACGGAGUCCGUGUAUAUAUACACAUCACUCCAUGGAUCAAAGUCCACCUAACAGCCGGCGGUGAUCAUCGCUUCUAAUGGUCAAUUUUGCUUCCGAAAUUAAUUCGGGAACAAUCAACCCGAAUUUAACAAACCGCG